UAUUUUAUGCGAAUUUGUCGUAAUAACUCUUUAAAGAUGUCGAAAGUUCGGCAAAUAUUGAAUACGACCUACUGUCGAUAUUAUAACGUACAGCGCGCAAGUAAGAAACUUCCGAUUAUAUCUUGUGAACGGCCGGAAUUUAACCAUUACGACGGUCAAAGUUACAGCAAGUUUGAGGGGAUACCAUUGGCUUCUAAAGGCUGGUUGAACAACAAAUCUAAGGGGGAUUACUUUGUCGUUCACGGAAACGCCAAUAAAAAGGAAGAACAAGAAGUAUAUAAGAAAAGUUUUGCUGAAAUCGGUCUUAAUGCUGAGUUAAUAGAGGUUAUGUCGCAUCAAGGCUUUUCAUUGCCAACUGCGAUUCAGGCGAAGGCAAUACCGUCUAUUCUUAAAGGCCAUAACACUGUAGUAACAGCUGAGACGGGGUGCGGGAAGACUUUGACUUAUUUACUCCCGAUUUUUCAACAUCUCUUGGAAUGGAAACCAUCCUUAGAAGAUGAUUUUAAUAGUCCAUUGGCUGUUGUUAUUACGCCGAGCAGAGAAUUAGCUACUCAAAUAGGGGAAGUGGCUCAAAAUAUUGGUCACCACCUAAAUCUUAAUGUAAUGACCUUAGUUGGAGGUAGAACAAAACAGAAGAUGUUAAAUCCACCAAUAGAAUACUGCGACAUGCUUGUAACAACACUUGGAGCAUACAGUAAAUUGGUGACUACAGGAAUAUUCAAGAUACAUAAUGUACAUCAUCUGGUUUUGGACGAAGCUGAUACGUUAUUGGAUGACAGUUUUAUUGAAAAGCUUUCAAUGUUGUUGAGGAAAUUUGCUAUCCAAUACAAAGUUGAUAUACAAGUGCCACCGCAAGGCUGCCAGUUGACCUUGGUCAGUGCAACCAUGCCCCAUGAGUUGCCUGAAGCUGUCAACUCAUUUGUCGAUCCCGAGUCAUUGAAAAAAGUUACAACUUCUAAUAUUCAUAGAAUAUUGCCACAUGUACCUCAAAAGUUCCUGCGUCUGGGCAAAGCACAAAAACCCCUCGAACUACUCAAAUUAGUACAAGCAGAUAUUAACCAAAAACGGCCAGUCAUGAUAUUCUCCAACAAAACAGCCACCUGCGACUUUGUGUCCAUGUUUCUCAACGAGAACAAUAUCGAAUGUGUAAACAUUAACGGGCAGAUGCAAGUUAUGUUGAAAAUGGGAAAAUUCGACCAGUAUAAAAGUGGCAAAGUCAAUGCAUUAAGUUGUACUGACAUUGCGUCGCGUGGAUUGGAUACUACUAGGACUCAACACAUAAUAAACUAUGAUUUCCCAUUGUAUACCGCCGACUAUAUCCAUCGCUGCGGCCGCACGGGUCGCAUUGGCUCACCUGCCGACUGUAUGGUCACCAACUUCAUUGCCUGGCCUCGAGAGAUUCAAGUAGUUCAAAAAAUAGAGAAAUCAAUUCGCCAACAUAACGAGCUUCCCAGCGUGAAUGCGAACAUUAGACGUAUCAUACAAGAACGAAUUGUGAAGAGCGCUGAUCCUUUGAGAAGCGUUGGAUAAAGUAGAUUACAGCAUACAUAAAUAAUUAUUGUUAAAUCAAAUGUUAGUUUUAUUAUAUGAUAGUUAUAGGAUA